AUGCCUGGGGACGGUCAAAUGGCUUCAUCUGAGAUGCUGAGCCAAGAGGUUGUACCACGAAAGGGACAAUAUGAGAACUGUGGCAUUGAUGAUGCGUGGUGGAUGUGGCUGAGGCUGGGAAUAUUGGGGCGGGAAAUUGUUGAAACAUCCAACAGACCGCUGAUGCUUCAGACCUCCAUUCCCAACGGCAAGUUCCAAUUGCUGGAGACUGAGGUCAUUGCUCGCUCAGGCUCAGAUGCUCGGCCAGCUUUGCCAACACUACGCUACGUUGCUCUGGGGCGCGACGCGGAGCUGGACCGUCCAAGCCGCCGUCCAGGCGCCAGCUCGCGAGGCUCAGCCCCUAAUGCAUUCGGAUGUGGCCCCCGGGGCUUAACUCUUCGCUACCGAGAGUCGCCUCCCGCCAUGCGACGGCCGGGGGGCAUCGCUCGAUACGGCACUGUACCUCUGACCGCAAAUAAGGUGGCAAAUGAUUGGCAGGCCCUGUCGCUGGGCCGGCGCCGGACACAUGGUUCGGGGAGAGGAAAGGUACGCGCGACCACGGCGACAAUCAAGCGCGGACCCGGGUACUGUACGCGUAGCUGGCUGCGGGCGUUGGAGGUCGUCUAA